UGGUCCUGUGUCGGGUCGAGGUUUUCAGUGAGGGGAGCCACGGGUGGGCUGGUGACGAGGGAUGAACGUUUUUGACAGAGAGCGGGACAAUUUUAAGAAAUACCACCAACAAGAGUGAGAGACUGAAAGGUCUUAGGGCGGGAAGAAGACUGAAGCUCUGAAGGGAGACCCUGUCAAGGCUGAUAGGAAGACUCUGACAGAGAAGGCGACGACGGCCAUGUUCACAGCGCCAGCAGAGAUCACGCCGUGAAAGAUAAGAAGCGUUCUCCCCCUUCAAGCAGACCCCCCGCUGGCCCACAACGCAACCCUCACCACAGCGCAUCUGCAGAGGAACGCGAGAGUCCCGAAAGAGUGGAGCAGAAGGAGAAGCUCCAUGCGGAGUUGAAAAAGGUGCUGAGUCAGAAGAGAAGUCACCUUCGAGCAUCCACCUGCCAACUGGCCCAAUCGGCGAUGGACCCGGAACCUUCUAACGAGCAGACAGACCAGACCACGGUGGAAGCCGCGGAGCCUCCGGUGGAGAUCGUGGUGGAGACUGAGGCGGAGGCUGGAGCUAGUGGCUAUAGCGUGACCGGCGGUGGAGAGCGAGGCAUCUUCAUCAAAGACGUCCUCAAGGACUCACCAGCUGCCAAACAUCUCAGCCUGCAGCAAGGUGAUCAGCUGCUGAGCGCCAAGGUCUAUUUUGACAAUGUGCGUUAUGAAGAUGCUCUGAAGAUCCUCCAGUGCGCUGAGCCCUACAAAGUCAGCUUCCUGGUCAAGAGGACGGUCCAGGGGGAGGAGGUCUGCGUGCGGCCCCGCCUGCCCAGUGUGGACAUCAAAGGUCCCAAAGCCAAGAUGACCAAAAUGAGCGUGAAGGCGAUCAAGCCAUUCAAGGCCAAGAAGAAGAGAGGCGGUCGCUUUGGUCUGAAGAGGCUCAAGGAGAAACGGCGCGAGGAGCUGGUGAUCGAGGGAACGCCACCCCGGCUGGAGAUGAGCGAUGUGGACGUUGAAUUUUGCCUCCCCAGGUUCAAACCCAGGCGGAGCGACCAAGUGAAGGCAGAAGGAGGUGCUGCAGCAAAGCCAAAGAGGAAAAUCAGGUUUCCUCGGAUGAAGAUAAAAAGUCAUGGGGGAAAAGAGGACAGCGGAGGACUGAAAGCAAAGGUGAAGGUCUCCCCGGCUGAGAUUCCAGGAGUCAAAGCGAAAGCCAAAGGAAAAGGUCACAAGUUUGAAAUUAGCUUUCCCAAGAGUAAGGAUACCAAGUCUGGAUCCGUGGAACUGAAGAAGCCGGAUGUCAACAUUCCGUCGCCGUCUGUAGAGUUCAGUUUGCCUGCUGGGAAAGUUGUAGAUGUGGAAAUGGGGGGAGAAUCAUUAAAUUCUCCAGAUGUGGAUUUUGCCCUCCCCUCAUUCAAAGCUGACACAACUUUGCUUGCUCAGAAGGGAAAGGUGGGAAUUAAAGGUCCAAAAGUUGAAGUAAGAGGCGAUGACGCCAAAGUUAUGAAGGGAAAAGUUGAUGUUGAAACAGGCAAAGGUGAUGGAAAACUGCAAAUGCCAAACUUGAAACUCCCCAAAAUGAGACUGGUGGGUGAUUUGGAUGAGACCGAUGACAAAAUGAAGGUCAAAGCAGGAGGAGAAAUCAGUGUUCCAACUGUGGAAAUAAAGGGGGGAAGUAGUACUGUUCUCCCUGAAGCACAUGUCAACAAAGGAGGGAUUUUAGAAAAUGUUCCAUCUGUGCCUUCGGUCGACAUCUCUUUUCCCAAAGUCAAAGGAACAUCAAAUAUGGAUAUAAAGACAACAAUAAGGAAGCCUGGAAUGGACUUCUCUGUGUCAGAUGUGGACUUCAAUGUUGAGAGAAUUCCAGAUGAGGUGGAGGGCUCUUUUAAAGGACCUGAAAUUUCCAUGCCAAAACUUGAUUUCUCUUUGCCAAAGAUAGGAGUGUCUGACAAGGAUGUGGCUAGUGCAGGAAGUGAAGGGAAAUUCUGUCCUCCUUCAGCUGAGGUUGGAGUAGACAUGAGCCAUUAUAUUGGUGGAGAUGGGAAGUUCACCCUACCUAAUUUUAAUGUAUCUCAAUCACAAAAAGGUAAUCUGACAGGACCGGGUGUUGAAGGAGAAUUCAAGUUGCCUAGUGUGGACCUGACGCUUCCCAAAGGCAAAGAUGUGGACCCCGAGAUGCCAGAUGUUAACAUUUCUUUACCAAAGAUCAGUCUUCCAGAGGGUGGUAUCAAGCUAAAAGGCACGGACUUCAAGGAGGGGAAAAUGGAUUUUCCAGACAUUGAUGUUUCACUUCCCAAAGGAAAACUUGAAGGUGGACUAGAGCUUGAAGGCCCUGAUAUCAAGGGAGGAAAAUUCAAAAUGCCAACAUUUGAUGUUUCUUUACCUAAAGUCAAUCUUCCAGAGAGUGGUGUUAAACUAAAAGGUCCAGAACUCAAGGGAGGGAAAAUGGAAAUUCCAGACCUCAAUGUCUCACUCCCCAGAGGAAAGGUUGAAGGUGGCGUUGAAGUUCAAGGCCCUGAUGUCAAAGGAGGAAAGUUCAAAAUGCCAACGUUGGAUGUGUCUUUACCAAAAGUCAAUCUUCCGGAGGGUGAUGUGAAACUCAAAGGUCCAGAGCUCAAGGGAGGGAAGAUGGAAAUGCCAGACAUUGAUGUCUCACUUCCCAAAGGAAAAUUUGAAGGUGGCGUUGAGGUUCAAGGCCCUGAUGUCAAAGGAGGAAAGUUCAAAAUGCCAACGUUGGAUGUUUCUUUACCGAAAGUCAAUCUUCCAGAAGGUGGUGUGAAACUAAAAGGUCCAGAACUCCAGGGAGUGAAGAUAGAAAUGCCAGACAUUGAUGUCUCACUUCCCAGAGGAAUGGUUGAAGGUGGUGUUGAGGUUCAAGGCCCUGAUGUCAAAGGAGGAAAGUUCAAAAUGACAACGUUUGACAUUUCUUUACCAAAAGUCAAUCUUCCAGAGGGUGGUGCCACACUGAAAGGUCCAGAACUCAAGGGAGGGAAGAUAGAAAUGCCAGACAUAGAUGUCUCACUUCCCAAAGGAAAAUUUGAAGGUGGCGUUGACGUUCAAGGCCCUGAUGUCAAAGGUGGAAAGUUCAAAAUGCCAACAUUGGACGUUUCUUUCCCAAAAGUCGAUCUUCCACAGGGUGGUGCCAAACUGAAAGGUCCAGAGCUCAAGGGAGGGAGGAUGGAAAUGCCAGACAUUGACGUCUCACUUCCCAAAGGAAAAUUUGAAGGUGGCGUUGAGGUUCAAGGCCCUGAUGUCAAAGGAGGAAAGUUCAAAAUGCCAACGCUGGAUGUUUCUUUACCAAAAGUCAAUCUUCCGGAGGGUGGUGUCAAACUAAAAGGUCCAGAGCUCAAGGGGGGAAAGAUGGAAGGACCAGAUGUUGAUGUCUCACUUCCCAAAGUUGAGGCAGAUUUUGAUAUUGAAGCCCCAAAAGUCAAAGGAGGAAAGUUCAAAAUGCCAACGCUGGAUGUUUCUUUACCAAAUGUCACUCUUCCAGAAGGUGGUGUCAAACUAAAAGGUCCAGAGCUCAAGGGAGGGAGGAUGGAAAUGCCAGACAUUGACGUCUCACUUCCCAAAGGAAAAUUUGAAGGUGGCGUUGAGGUUCAAGGCCCUGAUGUCAAAGGAGGAAAGUUCAAAAUGCCAACGCUGGAUGUUUCUUUACCAAAAGUCAAUCUUCCGGAGGGUGGUGUCAAACUAAAAGGUCCAGAACUCAAGGGACGGAAAAUGGAAAUUCCAAACAUCGAUGUCUCACUUUCCAAAGGAAAAGUUGAGGGGCAUGUUGACAUUGAAGGCCAAGAUCUCAAAGGAGGGAAGUUGAAAGUGCCAACAUUGGAUGUUUCUUUACCAGAAGUAAAAGGUCCAAACCUUGAAGGAAGUAAGCUUGAUAUUCCAGACAUUGAUGUGUGUCUUCCCAAAGGAAAAGCAAGGGGAGAAAUUGGAAUUGAAGGACAUGUUGACAAAGGAGGAAAGUUCCAUAUGCCCUCUGUGGAUAUUUAUCUUCCUAAAAUGAAAACAAAAGGUCCUGACAUAGACAUUCAAAGUCCUGACAUUAAAGUUGGAGAAGUCACCAUGCCAGCGGUUGAUGUUUCCCUUCCGAAAAUUAAAUCCCCAGAAGUAGAUGUCAGUUUGGAAGGUCCUGAUGUAAAAGGCGGGAAAGUUGCCAUCCCAGCAAUGACUGGACUGACAGGAGAAGGUGCAGGUUCAGGCUCUUUUAAACAUGGGACAGUCAAACUUCCAACGGUUGACAUUUCAGCUCCGAAGGUGGAUAUUGACUUUGGCCUCCCUAAACCAAAAGGUGACGAUGUGAAAGUGGCGCUUCUGAAACCAGAGGGAAGCAGGCCUUCUUCUGGGGGAAGUUUUGAUUCGCCCAAUGUUUCUUUCAAAGUCCCUAGUUUUACACUUCCCAGGUUUGGUGGCAAGUCCAAGAGUGGCCAAUUGGAGGUGUCGGGACAAAGCUCAGAGGUCAACAUUUCUCUCGGGGAGCCAUCCGUGGAGUCGGGUUUGGAGAAUAAAGUGACAAGCAAAAAAGUGAAACUCAAAAAGCCCUUCAUUGGAAUACCCAAAAUGGAUGCAGAUGCGUCUGUGUCUUGUCCUGAAUUAGAUGUCAAUGUUAAAAAGGGGGACAUUGACAUUCCUCAACCAGAUACUAGUGUUGAUGUAGAAAGGAAAGGUCGUUUCAAUGCACCCGAUGUCACGAUCAAACUCCCAAAGUUCUCCAUGCCAGGAUUUGCUUCAAAAGAUGGAGAUUUGGGAAAGCCAAGCGGUGACCUUGAAGCUAAGGCCAAGGCCAAGAUACCCUCAGUUGAGCUAUCACUUUCCGCCACUAAAUCACCAGAAAAGGAGGUUCUUCUUCCCAAUGCAGAGGUGGAUGUAUUGGAGUGUGACAUCCGAACCUAUGAGGGAGGAAUUCCCAAAAAGCCUGCUAUUGAUGUGAAUGUGCCCAAAGUAGACCUGGCUGUGCCACUUCCCAAAAUAAAACUUGAGUCUAGUUAUGAGAGAGAAGGAACAAAAUUCAAAAUUCCUCAUGUGGACUUAUCCUUGCCAAAAGGAAAAGUUGACAGCAUGCCAAAAGGCAAACCUUUAAAUAUUGAAACACCAGAAGUUGAACUCAAAAUGCAGUCAGUAGACGUGUCCUUUCCCAAAGCACCAGAUGCUGACUUCCAUGGACAUGGACAAGGUGACUUUAAGACACCACAUGCAACCACUGACCUCCCAGAUGCGACAAUCCAAAGGAUAGACAUAUCCAUCCGCAAAGACAAAAGUGAUGUGCAUGCAAAGGGAGAGCAAACGGGUCUGAAACUGAAGAUGCCAAGCCUGGAUAUCGCAUGUCCAAAAGGAGACCUGGAGCUGGAUAUGCGACUUCGGAAAGGAGACACCAAGGGGUUAGAAUGUCAUGGAGAAACCAACAGCAAAGUCAAAGGGCCCAAAGUCAAGGGAACAAAAUUCAAUAUCGGAAUGCCCAAAAAGAAAACUGGUGUUAGUGUAAAAUCUGAGCAUGAAAUUGAAAAUAUUGAACCUGGUCUGACAUCCACAAUUCAGAACGGACACAAAGAGGGAAAUAUGAACAUCCAAAUGCCAUGCGUUACGUUACCAAGUGUAAGUGUGAAAAGCAAAGAAGACUCAGAAGAAAGUGGCCUCCCGUCAUCAUGUACUGCAAUCCCCAGGAUUCCGGACAUAGACUUUGAUAUCGGUACAGCACAAGAUGAAGAAGACGACAAAUUAGGCAAGAAGAUAAAAAUCCCCAAAUUUGGUGUCCCACUCCCGUCCCUGUCCUCCCGGGAAGGAAGAAUGGAGAUCCGAGGACCGGAGACCAAAUAUGAAGGCCCCAAAGUGAAGAAAGCAGUUUUUGUUUUAGUAAAUCCAUCCCAAAGAGAUGAGGUGACUUUAAAUACAGGUGACGCCAAGGUGAAGAUUCCCAAAUUUCAAACAAACACCAUAGAAACAUCUGUUAGCACACCUGGAAUGUCAGUGUGCACCAGCCAACUAAGGUCAACUGACGACACACUCAAGCCAGAAGCUCCAAGUUCAAAGUUCCACUUUGAAACAGAUGCACGACUUCACAGGGGCUUCAAAGAUGAAGGAGUGGCAGCUAGUGGAAAAGUCAAACUUCCAAAGGUGGAAUUCACUUCUCCUUAUGGAAAGAAAGCUGCAGGUGACGCCAGCUUGGAAAUCGCAACCAGACUGGGCAAACCUUCAUCAUCAGGGGAAGCUCCUAAAGGGCUCCAGAUAAAACCAGGCAAUGUUUCAUUUGAAGGUUUUGUUGAUGAGUCCUCAAAGGACGUCGUCACACAACACUCCAGAACACAAAUGCUGCAUCAGGACAGCUCGGCAUCUCCAGCUUCUUUUACCAUGGAAUUCAGCUCAUCAAAAGUCCAAACCUGGAGCAAAGGAGACAUCAAAGGAGACCCCCAGGGGAUAGAGGCCCCCCCCUGGUUCAAGGUCCCAAAGUUCACCCUGAAACCUCACUCCACAGGGUUCCUCCAGAUCACGCCGGAGGGGUCUCCCCAGGCACAGCGGCGAGGGGAGCUGGGAGGUGAAGCCAACAUGUUGGGCUCCUUCUGCCAGCACUCCUCUGGCAUCACCACACGCGAAGUGUCCACCCCAGGGGGGGGAGGCUCAGUUACUGUGGUCACCAAGACCACCAGGACGAAGCGGCACUCCACGCCUGCCGAGACCUCAGCGGGUGUUUCGGUGGCAACCACUCAUCCACCGUCAGACCUCUGAGGAGCCAGACACGCCUGCAAAAUGAAAGCCGUUGUUUUGGUAAAUGCAGAUGCAACCCAACUUACGAACGAGUUACGUUCACGUAGGCUGUAUCUUAAACUGUUUGUAAAUCGUUAUUUUGCCAUUUUUCUAUUCUCACUAAGUUUUACAUUGUGCCUGUUCUUUCUUGAGCCGUUCGUUGGAAACCUAGUCAAGACAGUGUCAGUAGUCAACGGUUUGUUCUUGUACAACACGCGAUAGGUGGGAAAAUAAAACUUUUCGAAUCAGUUUUACCCCUUUUGAAGGCUUUAAACACAUUCACACUUAUUAAAACGCACUUAAAUUAAAAUACUUUUUUAAAAUUCCUUAGCAUUGUUCUCACUUUUGUUGCCAAGAAAUGAGAGAUCGUGUAGGAUCACUUUGAGGAAAUGAAGACAAGACUCUUGCUUGCAGUUUUCCAAAUAAAGGGCAAAGUGUAGUUGCUUUAAGCUAUUUAUGUUUCUUUCCUAGUUGAAGUUUAAAACUGACACGAAAAAUAAAAAGAAUUAAAUAAUGCAUGUUUAUUCAACAAAAUGUUCAGCCCAAUUAUAUACAGUAUAAUUGUAUCGAAAGUCCACUGGCCUAAUGCUAAAAUAUAAUGUGAAACGCCAAACGUGAUCACGAAAAUUAGCGAUGCUACUGUAAUAAUCAACAUUUUAAAAAUUUUAACUUUAACUCACACGGAGCAGCAACACAAUCAAGCAUGGCUUACAGCAUAUGCAGAAAGUAUCUUGACACAUAGUUCUGUUCGGACUUGGAUGUGUUCUGGAAAAAAAAACAUUAAAAAAAUUUCAUACCAUUAAAAAUCUUAGGGUUAAGUUUAAAAAAAGGGUUGUUUUUAGACUAACGGAAUUUUUCAUAAUUUUCUCAUGAAAGCAAAUGUAAUGUUCGUAAUUAGGGGAGUGUCUCUAUUCAUGUGAUGAACACUCAAUCAAGCACCAUUCAUUCGUAACAGAGUAAGAUAUAUUUAGUUUUUCCAUUUUUCGUUGUGCUAUUUUUUUAGAAACUGCAUCUCCAAGUGUGUUAGUGUAGUUUGAGUUAUUUUCAACAUUAAACACGCAAUGUCAAAGGAGAUUUAUUGUGAAGCGAUUUCAUUGUAGUUGUAGUUACAUUUGACAGUACUGCCAGAGGAUGAUGUAAAUACAAGUAUGUCCCUUGUGGACGUAGGUCAUUCAUUACUAUUUUUACAAUAUCCUACAGAGUAGCAACAGGAAUGUUUUUGUCACAUUUGGUUUGUGUGUCUUUGGGGUUUAUUUGAGAUUGUUACACAUUUUUGUAUUUUUAGCUUGUUAGUCAUGUCGUAAACAUUUUUUUUUUGGUCAUUUGUGUGGAUCAUACCUGUAAACUUCCAACUGGUGGUCAAUCAGGCAGACCGAAAUGCUGCUGUUUUAGUUCAUAUUUUUAUUUUUCAUGCAUCUCAAGUGAGGAAUAUGUGGCUCAAUUUAAAUUAUUCUUCUAAUAUCUAAACUAUUUGGACACAGUUAUCAACUCCUUUGCGUGGGAUAAGCAGUAUAGAUAAGAAAUUAAUGGCUGGUCAUCUAUGUCGUGAAUAUAAACCUCACCAUCAUAUUAACUAAGAAUAGUGUGUCUGAUAGAGUAAAAAUUACUGUUUUUAAGACAUUACAAUCUGUAAAAAUAGAAAAAUGCAGCACGACAACCCGUCAUCACAUUUCGAAUGCGAUAUUUGAGAAUGUAUAAAUUUACGUUUUUGACUUUGAUUGCUGUGCCUGUUUUGCAAGUGAAAGUUACGUUUUAUUUGACAUUUUUCAAAUGCUGGAUAAAGAUUGUAUGUCUGUGCACACCGAGAUGUUUGUGGAGAAACUUUGACUUUUCUGGUUUGAAUGAGUAUAUGUAUUUGUUCAGUGCUACAGUAUACAGUUGUCACACCUGCAUUGGAGAGAUUGUUGGUGAAGAUAUUACAUAAAUAAAUUAAUAUAUUCACACAGA